AUGUCCUAAGUCAUUAUGGCGAGCAGCGAGAGGGAAUUUGCCAUCGUUGUUUUCGGUGCUAGUGGAUUCACCGGCCAAUUUGUGGUGAGAGAGGUGGCGAAGAACUGCAAGGGAAAGUUUAAGUGGGCUAUUGCUGGUCGCAGUAAGGACAAACUGGAGAAGGUUUUGCAGGAGACUGCCAGCGAACUUGGUCUUUUUGUGGGGGAUGUUGGCAUUAUGGUUGCAGAUUGUAGUGAUGAAGCUUCUCUCAGUACAAUGUGUUCUGCAGCAAGGAUUAUUCUGAACUGUGUUGGUCCGUACCGGUUUUAUGGGGAACCAGUAGUGAAAGCAGCAGUAGAAAAUGGAUGUCACCAUUUGGAUAUCAGCGGAGAACCAGAGUUCCUGGAAACAAUGCAGCAUAAGUAUCAUAACAAAGCUGUUUGUGCAGGAGUGCAUGUUGUGGGUACUUGUGGAUUUGAUAGCAUCCCAGCUGACAUGGGUGUGGUCUUUACCCAAGAAAGUUUUCCAGGGGAACUGUGCCAUUUGGAGAGCUUCUUGACAUUGCAUUCUGGUCCAAAGGGAUCAAAGGGGCAUUAUGGGACUUACCAGUCAAUCAUUUAUGGCAUAGCUAGUGAAAGGGAAGGAAAUCUGAAAAAUCUCCGAAAGGAAUUGUUUUCAAAGUCAAUGCCAAAGUUUGGACCUAAACUGGCCAGACGGAGUUUUAUUUCAUACAGUGAUGAGGUACAAAAGUGGUGCAUUCCCUUCCUUGGAGCUGAUCCAUCUGUGGUCAGAAGAACACAGCGGCACAACGUGGAAGUGCGCGACAAAAAGCCAGUCCAGUAUGGCGCAUAUGUGUCUCAGCCUUCUCUGAUGGUUAUUUUUCUUUUCUUGUUCUUUGGUUUCUUCUUUUACAUCUUGUGUCAGUUCAAGAAAGGACGUCAAUUGCUGGAAAAGCACCCAAAGUUCUUCUCGUGUGGCUUUUUCUCACAUAAAGGACCAACCAGAGAACAGAUGGCAGAAACUUCGUUUUCUUUCGUUAUGAAGGGAGCUGGGUACAGUAAAAAAGCUGUGCAGUCAGGGGAUGCCCCAGCUAAACUUGAUUGUCAGAUAGUAACCAAAGUGACAGGACCAGAGGCAGGUUAUGUUGCCACUCCUAUCUGCAUGGUACAGGCUGCUAUGGUGAUCCUGGAAGAGACUUUACCAAACAGUGGAGGCGUUCUUACUCCAGCUGCAGCUUUCACGGGGACAUCAUUGAUUGAUCGGCUCAAUGAAAAUGGUGUUGUGUUUUCAGUGCUUAGUUGCAAAGAAAGUGGAACAUACUAGCAGUUGCUCUCAGGACAACAGAAUGAGAGGGAAUGGAUAGGAACAUGAACUAUUUUGAAGUCCUAUGGUUCCCUUGAGGAUAAUUAAUAUCUUUUUUGUCAGAAAUUUUUUCUCAAUAUGGGUAGCUGAUAAGAGAAAAAUGGUUUUCUCAUAUCGGGAGCAAAACGUGAACGUGUGUUGAAGAUGCUGAACUAAUUAAUAACCAGACACCUUCAUAUAUCACUUGUUACCAAUUUAUUACAUUCAUUUUAAAAUCGCAAAAUUCGGGCGCUCAAAUACAGGAUUUCUAAGUC